AUGAUGUUGGCAAUGACACUUUAAUUGCAGCUUUUAAAAAUGAAAUCAUACUUUUUAAUGGUUAUGAAAAUAGUGUUAGAAAUAAUAUCUAAAACUUGGGCUAAAUAAAUAGUACAAAUAGAUAUUAAGAAUGCCUCUAUUUUAAAAGUAAUUUCAUUAAAAAACAGUUAAUUUAUAUCAUCUUUUAUAUUCGAUUAAAACACAUUUAACUUAUACAUUGGGCUUAGCGAUUAGUCUGCUUUGAUUUAUAAUACAGAAUAUUAAACUAUUAAAAAUUACUAGUUUGGAAUUAUUAACCAAACAAAUGGGUAAGUGAAAUUCAUAAAAAUAAUAAGUUCCUUUAAAAUUUGCUUUGCAACAAAUUUAGGAUAAUUAUUUAUUGUAGAUAUGACUUAAAAUAAAACAAUCUUGAAUUUAAAUCUAGCUUAAAUAGCUCAAAAGCAAAAUGACCAAUUUUUAAUUAAUUUAGAGUAUGACAAUAUUUUUAAUAGAGUUAUUUUUUAGUUUAUAACUGACAAAAAGGUUUAUUUAUUUGAUAUGCAAUCUCAAAUAUUAGAGUCCAUAAUAGGUAUUUCUGAAGGUUACGAUACAUCUAUUUAGCUUACACCUAAAUACAUCAUAACUUCUUCAAGAUUUUAACUUAAUUUUUAUACAAGAACUCGGCCUAUUAUUUUUUAGCUUGCUGUAUCAAGGAGAAAUUAAGAAAGUUAUAUAGUUCAAUACUUUAUUAUCGAAGAUUAGUUUGUAGUUCUUUAGCAUUCUGAUCAUUUAGAAGUGUUUGUAAUUUAAAAUAAUGAUAAUUUUGUUAUAGAUAUCAGAUAAUAUACUUAUCCAAAAAUUAUGAAAAUACUAAUCGAAGAUAAAUUUAUAUAAGUAUUUGGAUUUCAUUAAAAUGGUGUCUUUGAAUUAUAAUACAACACCUAACUUUACCAGUACAAUUAUAAUUAGCAGAGUUAAUAUUAUGGAACCAAUACUGUUACAUAAUGCUACUUCUAUCCGCAGAGCACCUCUAAUUCUUAAUAAAUUCUAAGCUAAAUACAUUAGAUCUUACCUAUAACUUCAUAGUCUAUUGGGCAAAACGGAAGAUAAGCAACUAAUAAUAAUAGCACAAAUAUAUAUCUUUACAUAAAUUUAGGCUAAGAUCAAAUAUCCAAUUUAAUAAAAUAAAUAUCUGAUUCCAAUUAAAUAAGUUAAAUUUUAUUAUCAAAAAGUAAAUUUGAUUAGAGUGACUUAAUUUUUUCAUAGUCUUUAUUUUUUGCAUUGAAAAAGAAUGAUUUCCAGAUUUAAGGUUAUAACAUUUAAGUGCAACCAAUCAACCCAAAUGAACCAAUAAACAUUACAUUCGAUGAUAGCAUUCAAAAUUCUAUUUUAGACUCUAUAUCAAUUAUAAAUUAAGACAUCUCGAACACAUAGAUAGCUCUUACAAACCAGCAAAAAAUUGUGUUAUCAAAUAUUUUAAUUCAUAACUGCACUAUAAAAAAUGGAAUAGAUAAUUAAAUAUAGGGAUUUAUAUAUGCUUCAAAUGUCACUUCGAUAGACUACCUCUAUUAAAGUAACAAAUUUGAUAAAUCCUUUUCAGUUAUUUAGAUUGAGUCAUCAAAAAUUAUUUUUGAGUUUCUAAGUUGGGAGUAAAAUACAGGAAAUAUAUUAAUUUAAAAUGCAAAUAUUAUAAGUGUGAAUAAUAGUGUUUUCAAGCAGAAUGCUGCUAUCGAUGGAGCAGCUCUAUACUUGUAUAAUAUUCAAAAUUCUACUUCUUUUGGAAAUUCUACCUUCACUUAAAACAGAGCUGAAGGUAGUGGUGGCUCUAUUUACAUUUUCAACUCAAACUAUCAAUGCAUACUUUAAUUUGAUUAACUUACAAGGAUUUUUGAAAAUCAGGCAAGGAUUGGUGGAGGUGUUAGAAUCCUAAAUAGCUAAAUUACUAACCAAACAUCUCAAAAUUAGUUGUUUCAAUCAAAUAUAUAUCAAAAUAGUGCUGAGAUAUAUGGAGAUGAUCUUGCUACAUACAUCUAGGAGAUUCAAAUAAAUAAAUAUAUUCUUGAAAACUCUUAGCAAAGGAGUUUAAAUUAUACUUUUUAAAUAAAUCCUAGUCUUAACGAAAGUAAUUUUAUGAGCGGAGGUAAAAUCUAAUUGUAAGUGUUUUUCUUGGAUAACUAUUAAAGAAAAAUUACUUUUAAUAAAAAUUAUCUUCAGAAUUAAAAAUACCCAAAACUUAUAAAUGACGAGCUAAUGAGCAUGUAGGUUAAUAUUGAAAGUCUUUCUGGUUCAGUUGUAUAGCUUACAGGAGACAAAUUAAUAGACUACAAUCUUUAUGAUGAGCAAACAUCUAGCUUUAUUCUAAUUGAUCUUACUAUUUCUGCUUAGAUAUCUUCUUCCAUAUACUUUUCUUUCAAUACAUUUUUGCAAAAUAUUUACUCUAAUUAACUUCCUGUCUUGAUACUAAUUGAGUUUAGACCUUGUUUUGUUGGUGAAAUUGUUUAGCUUAUUACAGAUAACAUUUAGGUUUGCAAGUACUGCUCAUUAGGAUCUUAUUCCUUGCAAGAUCCUCUUCUGCCUGAUUAGACUUCAUAAGACUCUGCUUAAUAUUUGUCAAAUUAAUGUAAAUUAUGUCCGUCUUCUGCUUUAUAUUGUGAGGGGAACGAAAUACAAUUAAAAAACGGAUAUUGGAGAAAAAAUUAGACAACUGAUGAAAUAGUUGAAUGCAGCUAAAUAAAUAAUUCCUGUAGAGCAGAAGAUAUAGGCAGCAGCUAUGAAGGAUGUGCUGAAGGGUACAUCGGACCUCUAUGCUUGUAAUGUGAUUUAACAGGGAAAGUAUGGAACAAAACAGGUGUAAUGUAUUCUCCCUAAAUUGAAAAAGGAGUUUGCUAUCCCUGCUCUUAACCUGCUCUUUAGUAUUUAAUUCUAACUUUUAACAUACUUUGCUUACUGUGCUAUUUUUUAUUUUGCGAAAAAACAUUCAUGUCCAACAAUCUUUACUCUUCAACAUGCUAUUAUUUAAGAUAAUUAAAUUUCCUUCCUAUUUUAAAGAAUUCUUUUAGAGAUUUAUCAGGAUAUUAUAUCAAAAUAAUUCUCACAUUCUUGUAACUUUCUUCAAUCUUAACAUCAUCUCAUGAUGUUUUUUCUCUCAAACUGGAUUUACCAUUUAUUUACAUUGGUUCCUCUUCAUACAAUAUUUCAGUUGGACUAAGUUGUAUACUAGGCUAAGAAAUAUUCAGAACAUAUGGCAAAAUAAAAGUUGUUUUAUUAGUUUAUUCUUUAAUACCAAUAUCAUUCUUAAUUAUAAUUCAGCUUAUUUUAGCUUUUAUGAGAGUUGGUAUCAGUGUUUAACCAAACAGUAAAAGAAUGCUUUAUUACAGAGCAUUAACUUACAUACAUUUAUUGUAUUUUUUCUUUUUAACAGACUCCAUACAAUUCUUUUCUUCGGCCUUAAAUUGUGUUCAAAUAGGUAGUGAAAGCUAUUAAUCUAUUGAUACAACAGUGCUUUGUUCUGAUUAAAAUUAUAUAAUUCACAUAUACUUUGUAUCUUAUUUGCAGCUUUCGCUCUUUUCAUUAAUCCCACUUAUAAUUCUAUUUUAACUAAGAAGACAUAAAAACACUCUCAAUUAUUGUACAGUGAAAUAUAUAUAUGGAUACUAUUAUAACGAAUUUAAAAUCAAAUACUAUUACUGGGAAAUAUUAAGAAUUUAUGUCAAAAUAUUAGUUAUAUACGUCUAUAGCUUACUUGGCUAGUACGAUAAGGAUAUCGCAAACAAUAUUAUUAUAGCUUUUAUGGCUUUCUAUCUGAAAAUACUAAAUAGCAACAAACCAUAUAUAACUAAAGAUCUAAACUAAAAAGAAAUACAAUGCUACAUCCUUCUAAUACUCAAAAUAAUUUUAUUCAACUUUUACUUUAAAUCAAACACAUCCUAAAUAAUUGUUUAAUCAAUUAUAUUUACUUAAGUACUCAGAUACCUCCUUUAAAAGCUCCUGCCUGUUAAAAUCUCUAAAAAAAUUCUCAACAUCAGGCAAGUUUCCUUUAAGACGUUCUAAAGAUGGAAGCUAAUUAAGAAAAAUCUUAGUAAACUAAUUAAAUCUAAAGCUUAAAAAAGUAUAAAGAGACUAAAAAAAAAGCUUGAUAAUAACCCAAAGAAAAUUAGUUUUAGCUCAUAUCAUCCUUUGACCAGACUAUCAUCCACAAAGAUGCCAAAAUCUCCUCUUUUAAAAUCUUCAUUUUAUCAAAAUAGACUUUCAGUGCAGAAAUGCUUUGAAUUUAGUUAACUAAAUUAACAAGAUUUACCAAUCUUAUAAACAACAAAAAAUGCUCCAGAAUCUAAUCUCUUAAGUGCAAAAUAUAAUGAAAAGAAAUUUAAUUUAAACUUUUGA